UGUCUCACCAUUUGUGAUUCAACUUUCCAUCAUAUUCAAAAUAUCAGUUUAACAUUAAUGGCGACACCCGUCACUGCCGACACAAACCCUAGCUCCAAAUCCAACUCUAACCUUAUCUACCUUCAGGACAUGGACGAGCUUAAGAGAGUCUUCAAUCGCUUUGACUCUAACGGCGAUGGCAAGAUCUCAGUUAAUGAGCUCAACAACGUCCUUAGCACCUUAGGCUCUGGUGUUCCACCGGAUGAACUCCAGCGCGUCAUGGACGAUCUCGAUACCGAUCAUGAUGGUUUCAUAAGCCUUCCCGAGUUUGCUGUCUUCUGCCGCUCUGAUACCACCGACGGAGGUGCCACUGAGCUCCGGGACGCCUUCAACCUAUAUGACCAGGACAAGAACGGCCUCAUCUCUUCCGCCGAGCUGCAUCUUGUCCUGAACCGCCUGGGUUUGAAGUGCUCUGUGGAGGAAUGUCACAACAUGAUCAAGUCUGUGGAUUCUGACGGAGAUGGCAACGUGAACUUUGAGGAGUUCAAGCAGAUGAUGAGCAACAACCGUGUAAAUGGUAAUGUUAAUGACUCUGUCCUAUAAAAGAAGAAAUAUGCAAGUUUUUAUGCAUUUUUUCACUUUAUCUUGGUAGAUCUGUGUUGGUACUUUGUUGUACUUCUUCAUAUAAAUAACAAAAACUAACAAUAAUUUUUAUGUGA